AUGGACCCAGUUUUGGAAAAGGAGACAUUGGGUGGAGUCGUGGGACCACAGAAGGCAGAGAUCCCGGGCUUGGCCGCGCCAGUCGAUCCCGUGAGAUCCGUCAACUUCAUCCUAGACCCAUCAGCCUUCACCUUGGGGUUGGGAAACAUCGAGAGAUGGUUUGACCGCGAGUAUUUCCGGGCACAGGUCAAAGACAAGCUCGCAAAUAUCGACUUGAACUUGUACGUGCCCACCUACACAUUAAAUGAGCUAGACUACCAAAGACGAGGCCCGAUCGUGGGAUCCACCCGGGCGCAGGAGGCACUCAAAUUCAUCGACCGGAUGCUGGAAAGCGACGAUGGGAUGGGGGAUUUCGAGGACAGUUUCGCUGAGCCAGACCCCAAAACACGCGGGCCUGCGGCGGAGGGCCGCUUCCGGCACAACUUGUUUCUCGAGCAUCGCACCCAGCUGUUUCCACAAUGGGGUGCCUGUGCGAGGUUCCAGAUGCGAAGCCCGGGCUCGCAAGAGUUGCCCAGCCACGGGCGGUACUCUCUAUACGACGAGAUCAAUCACUUGGUUGGCGAAGUGGGAGAUGGCCUUGAAGGGCGCGAGGUGCCCUCGCGCUUGAAGCACUUGAUCCGGUCUGCAGUGUACCUCACGAAGAUGAACCACAAUGGGCCGCAGCAUGUCAGCGGCAGUAUGUGGAAGUUGGUCACGGAGGACGCGACGACCCGGGUGUGGGCCAGUUGUUUUGGAGUUGACUGCUUGAACAUCAACGAGGCUGAACUCUUGCUCUUUCAAGGAAAGGACUUGACCCUUUUCGAGAUCCGGGCGGAGGGAGCGGACUUUUUCUCGGGCCAGGAUGUGUACCAGGCCGAGGCGCCAGACGCGUUGCACAAAAAAGUCAACACGACGUCGUACAACUACACUGACUACAAGGCCUUUGAGCAGGAGAAACACUCCAAGCGGGCUGGCGCCAAGAAGAACGCGUCCAGGAGGCCCCGGGCGGAUGCGCAGGGGCAGGCUGUGCCGGUGAACGAGCAUCACAGUGUGGGCAUAGCGGGAGGCGUGCUCACCGAGGAGUUCAACAUGAUCAACUUCGCCCCGAGAGAGCCAGGC